UCAUAAAUGCAGGCGGGCUGCCAAGCGCCCGACUUUUAAUCACAUGACCUCAGGUGCUUCAAUGGCCAUAAUUUUGAGGACCAGUCGUAACUACCAUUUGUUCAUUUGUAACUUUGAACAGUCGCUGUUCGGUUGUUAAGCAAGUACUACCUGUAAGUUGUAUCUGUAAAUGCUUUCUACUGAUCCCGUUCUGUGUAAGCUGAAUCUUUUGCAGUCCUCUCUGUGACAAGGUCAUACUGCCUAUAGUAUGUCACGAGAGUGCUUGUAUUCAGAUUAAUGUAGUGGCUGCUACACCUAGUCUCUACUUCCUGAUAUAUUUUCUGUAGAAUUUCCAGGAUUACAUACUAGUCCCUAGAAUUACAGAAAGAUAGAAAGAUAGAAAUAGAGAUGACUAUUAAUCUGAAUUUGGAGCCCUUCUUUUUUUAUUAACAUUCAUCCCUGCCUCCUGUUUAUCCCUUCAGUCUCAGUGCUAGUUCAAAUUAAAUUUAUGGUUGAUCCAACAAUUAGGCUGUGCAGCAUAUUCAGAAUAUUAAAAAAUCCACAAGCAAAAUCAAAUAAUCAAAUUAAAAACCAUAUUUAACAACUGUAUAUGGCUACUACACAACGUAAUUUGACAGGGCCAUUUAUUUUUAUAUGAUUUUCUCUUGAAAUGCAAAACAACAUUACUGUAGAGUUGAUCCAGUAUCCUAAUUUCACUGAAGUUUGGAUAGGGGUGAGCUCACUGAAUCCACAUAAUAGUAAGUAAUAAUGAUGGAAAGAAUUGCAAAAGGUAGCUUAUAGUCUGGUAUAUUCCAGUACUUCUCUUGCAUUUCUAAUCUGAAGUAGCUGUUGGAUGGUGUGGUUUUAGGCAGUUUUAGCUUUUCCAGCUUUGUUUUUUGAAAUGACGUUCAUAAAUAUUCAGCAUAAUGGUUGGAGAUAGCAUGUCUUGGCAUCAUUAGGAAGUGUGGUUUGUGAUAGGACCAUUUUACCUAGGGGGUUUUGUGCUCCCCAUCACAUACUUCUUUCCCUAGACCUCACUCCACCUUAUAUACUACACACACUCCCUCUUCUUUUCCUAAUUCUAAUUUGUUAGUCUUUUAAGGUGUUAAAACUUAAUUCGUUAGACUUUCAGAUGCCACAGGAUUCUUCAUUGCUUUCAACAAAGUGGAAUACAAUGAGUUCUUUCCCUAGGUGUGAGAAACUGGCUGAGAUUGUUUGCCAGAACCGUCAACAAGUACGCCGUGCUGAACACCUAUGCCAGCAGCUGCCUAUUCCUGGACCCAUUGAAGAGAUGCUAGCAGAUCUUAACACCACCGUCACAGACAUAAUUUCUGCACUAGUCACUAGCACAUUCAUAAUAGAAAAGCAGCCUCCCCAGGUGCUGAAGACUCAGACCAAGUUUGCAGCAACAGUACGACUGUUGGUUGGAGGAAAGUUAAAUGUUCACAUGAACCCCCCACAAGUAAAAGCCACCAUCAUCAGUGAGCAGCAAGCCAAAGCUCUACUAAAGAAUGAGAGUACCCGCAAUGAGAGCAGCGGUGAUAUCUUGAACAACUCCUGUGUUAUGGAAUAUCAUCAGGCAACUGGAACACUGAGCGCUCAUUUCCGCAACAUGUCCUUGAAGCGGAUCAAGCGUUCAGAUCGACGUGGUGCUGAGUCAGUAACUGAGGAGAAGUUCACCAUUCUUUUUGAGUCUCAGUUCAGUGUUGGUGGCAAUGAGCUGGUUUUCCAGGUGAAGACGUUAUCUCUGCCUGUGGUGGUAAUUGUGCAUGGCAGCCAGGAUAAUAAUGCCACUGCCACAGUGCUAUGGGACAAUGCUUUUGCAGAGCCAGGACGUGUGCCCUUUGCUGUGCCAGACAAGGUGAUGUGGUCACAGUUGUGUGAGGCUCUCAACAUGAAGUUCAAGUCUGAAGUCCAGAGCAGUCGAGGACUCACAAAGGAGAAUCUUCUCUUCCUAGCCCAAAAGCUCUUCAAUAGCAGCAUCAUCCAUCUGGAAGAUUAUAACAGUAUGGCUGUCUCCUGGGCUCAGUUCAACAGGGAAAACCUUCCAGGGCGAAAUUAUACAUUCUGGCAGUGGUUUGAUGGGGUAAUGGAAGUCCUGAAGAAACACUUGAAGCCUCACUGGAAUGAUGGGGCUAUUCUAGGUUUUGUCAACAAGCAGCAGGCACAUGACUUGCUGAUCAACAAGCCAGAUGGAACCUUCCUCCUGAGGUUCAGUGACUCUGAAAUUGGAGGUAUCACAAUUGCCUGGAAGUUUGAUAAUACUGACAGAAUGUUCUGGAACUUAAUGCCGUUCACCACCCGUGAUUUCUCCAUCCGGUCCCUGGCAGACCGCCUUGGUGACCUCCCAUACCUCCUUUAUGUGUACCCUGACAGGCCCAAGGAAGAGGUUUUCUCCAAAUAUUAUAUGCCAGUCCUUGCAAAGGCUGUGGAUGGAUAUGUAAAACCACAGAUCAAGCAAGUUGUGCCAGAGUUUGCUGCCCCAUCAGGAGACUCUGCCAGUGGAGGAACUACCUACAUGGAACAAGCAUCAUCACCAGCUGUUUGCCCUCCUCCUCACUACAACAUAUACACACAGAAUCCUGACUCAGUGUUGGAUCCAGAAGGAGACUUCGACUUGGAUGAUUCAAUGGAUGUGGCACGACACGUGGAGGAACUGCUGAGGCGCCCCAUAGACAGCCAGUGGAUCUCCCAUGCUCAGUCUUGACCCUGCCCCUUCUCUGGAGAGACCACGAGGAGACUGUGAAAUAUUGGAAGCACUGCCCUGAGGGAGUGUGCAGCUGCUGUAGGGAUGGGUUUCCUCACCCUGUGGGGAGGCCUCUGGCUGAGAGGGUGAGGUACCUGAGAGACAGUGGGUGCUGUUUCUCCCCUUGCCCAUGUAGAAAAGGCAGUGGAGUGUAUCGCUUGGUUUUCCACCUGCUCUUCUGAGAGGCUUGCCUCAGACCUUCCGCUUCUGCACCCCAUCUCCUUCUGCCAAGCUGCCAUUUCAUUUGUGCUGGGAACCCUUCUCUCUCCUCCUCCCAGAAUACAACACACUGCCAUUCUUGUCUAGAAGCCUCUUGGUGUCUGGGACAAGAGGGGGCUCAGCUGUGGAGGAGAGUAAGCCUUAUUCAAAGCCUUGUCAUUUGAUGUCUGAUUUCUUUCUUUUCUUAGCUGCUUCCAGGACAAACAGUAUGCGUGUGCCUGCCUUUCACCUGUUUCCAGGGUGCAUGUCUGUGCAGCAUUCUGUGUAAAAGAGGCAUUCACUCUGGGAGCACUGCUACUCUUUGGGCCUCCAGUGCAACACAGCCUGCCCCUGCUCGGUUCCCCUGAGCCUUCUGGAGCCUUUUUUGUAUGUCUACAACCCACUUCUAGCUCCUUCAGUUUGCCUUGUUGCAAGAUACUUGCUUACCUCCAAGCUCCUGCAUUUAGUGCUGUUGGGUUUUGACAUGUCAGAUGCUUAUUUCCUAUGAAUCACAAAUUCCGCAGAUUGUGGAGGAUGCUUUCAUUAAAAUACAUGGCAAAAUACAGAAUUCAAUUGGAAUAAUGGUUUCCCCCUUUUUGAAUUGGGGGUAAGGAUUGGGGAGCAGGUCAACGGAUUUGACUGCUAAAUACAGAGGAAAAAGGAUGUUCUGAGUUCUAAAUGCACCAACAAAGUCUUCUGUUUCUCUUCUGUCCCCCCAACUCCUGCCUCCUCAUUAGGCUGAACAACUGGGAAGAACAGAUUCAUAUAUGCACUAUUUUUAUACCUACUAUUCAAUAAAGCUCAGAUUAUUUUAACAGUUACAGAUUUCUCACAUAUGUUUGUGGGCCGGGUGCUAUAUUUAGAAAAAUGGUCCAGUUUCCAAUCCAGCCACAGUUAUAUUUUUGUUGGGAUUGACAAAUUACCCGUGGGAUAAGUCAUGUGGGUUGGGGGAGAAAUGGUCCUUGGGUUGUGCUGAAACGUGUAAGAAUUAGGUCCUAGUUUUGCUGGGUUUCUCCUCUCCUGUUCAUAGGAAACAAGCAGAAAUAUUUUUCAGGGAGCUAAGUCAAAAAUGUAGACAUUGGAUAGUGUAUCUAAACAAAUCUUUGGAACGGAGGGGCUUGCCCACUCUUUACUCCUCAGGGAGUCCCCCAACUGCUGAUUGAGCUAGGAAAAGGCAUGUUAUAUGCACUUUGCCCUGGCAGUAACUCCUAUAACAACCAGUUGAAGGUUAGAAAAGGUAUGUCUUUAGGUAAACACAGUCUAGUCAUUUGGAGGUCAUCCUUAAAGGCCAGCUAUUGUUGAACCAUUUUUUUGCUUUCUGCUAAUACUCUGUUCUCAGACAGAUCAUUCCCAGGAAUAACUGUAUGAUAUUCUUUGGGAGAGCAUAUUCAUUAUAAUGGAAUCAUCAUUCAAUGCACGAGUAACUUCUGUCUUUGGGAAAGAGAUUUUUCCCCUUUCAUAGCGUUUCUGUUUCAGAUCUUUUGGUGGUGGAUUAGUUACUUCACUACGGUAACUUGCCUCUGCUGGCUAAUACCUGUGAUGUGAGCAGGAGGCAUAUCACCAAUUGCUCUCCUGACUCCCUGCAUUGUUUUGAAAAAUUGGUAGUUUAAAAAAACAAGUUUUCUUUUCCUUUUUCUUCUGAGGUCAAGUAGUCACCUUGGCCAAUGCACAAACGUAGUUUUUAAAGAUCCCUUCUUACCAUAAUAACUCUAUCCCCAUCUUCUUUCACUGCACAGAUACACAGACUUUGCUGUGGAGAGUCAGCAGUAGUGGAGCACUUAAAGUAUCUUUAGAAUAGUCACAGGAGAAUCCUGAGGAAAUGUGCAUGGGACUGUACAGAUGUUAUUCUGCAGUAGCAAUUUAGCCUCUGGCACAAAUGAAAUCUCUGAACCUUAUUUACAUUAAUUUCAAAUUUUUCAUUCAUAGUUUUGAAAUCCUCUUGAUAAUUGACUUCUCUCUCUCAUUGCUGGUUAGUCUUUUCAUUACCUCCACUUUUUUUUCCAAUCUUACUUCCUAUCAGGUCCUGUCAUUUUCUGUUUACCGGAGUUGUUAUUGGAAUGCCUGUGGGCAACAGUGCUUCUCAAAUACCACUUUCAAAACUGGGGUAGGAUGUUAAUAGGAAGUAUCAUUUAUACCCAGUUCAAAAACUUCUCAGAUCCUAGGCCAAACUAGUGCCUAGCAGAUGUAUUGGACACUAACACUUAUCACUCCAACUAGCAGUUUAUAGGGAAGGCUGAUCUAACCUCAACUUCCUUAUUUUAUCAUCCUUAUAUGUUAGCUGAUUUUUUUUCAAACUAGUUCCCUGUCUCAAGAUCCUUUUGAGGUUGCACACAAUCAUUCCCACUGUCUUUAAAGAAAACAUUAAUUUAUAACUACGUAGGUAUUGUAUCAGCACAAUCUUACAUAUAUCUAUCCUUAAGUUAACUGUCAAUGGGAUUCACUUCCUAGUAAAAAUGCAGAGCGGAGGUGGCAAAUCUGUAGCCUCCCAGAUUUUCUGGACUGCAGUUUCCAGCAUUCCUGAACCAGCAUAAUCAGUGGGAAGAGAAGGCUGAAACUUGUAGUUUUCAACAACUAGAGGGUCCUAGAUUCCCAUCUGUGGUAUAUAAAUUGCAGACAAAGAAUUGGUAUCCUUAAUGGCAUACCAUAUUUUGUACAGUAUGUUCUAGGUCUUAAAUCUGAUUUUUAAAUGUUGAAAAGGUGGGCUAGGUUGAAAUACUGAAAAAAAAUCCAUUGAAAUGAAAAAAAAAAUGGAUGCCUGAUCAAGUGGAAUUAUUUGGCUGUGCAGCAUAGCUUUCCUCAGUCUGACUCCUAGAUAUCUUGGGAUGGCAGCAUCCAGGAUGUGCUAUCCAGGGAAAGGCUGAUUUAACUCAGUAUUAAAUGGGUUUGCAAAUUGUGCAAGCUAGAGUUUAUUUUAAUCAGAAGCCAUAGUGGCUUGGUUCAUACACAAUGUUAAGCCAUAAACUAUGGCUUACAAAUCAUAAUGUGAAGUUUACACUUGUGCAAAGCCAAAAUCAACCAGAUUAUGAUUUAGCACAAUGUGUGAGCCUAGCCUUAACCUCUCUGCUGGUUCUGCUGUGUCUCCAGCAGAAAACUGUCUCCAAUAGAAGAGUCUCUAUUUCAGGGAUUAAAUUUGGAACUUCUGCACAAAAAGCAUACAUUCUACUCCUGAGUUAGGCCCUUUCCUGAUCAUAGGGGCAUUUUCCAGAUAAUGAUAUUUUAAUUUGCAUUGUUUGAAGACUAGCAAUUUAGUACCUGUAACUACCAAUAUGCUUGUCAAUCUCUCCCCUGGUGACCAUUAAACUUACUGUGCCAUCUGACAUUUAAUUUAUUGUAAAAAGAAAGAGAAUAAGACACUAGAGUUCUGCAAAGUGUCAUCCUCUAGCAUUAUCUUUAUUGCUGGAAGUAAUUCUGAGCUCACGUGGCCACAGAGACAUUCUUAAAAAUGGUGAGUGGCUGGCCCCAGUGCUCUGGAAAUAUGUACAUCUCCCCAGAAAAAAAAAAAAUAGCUAAGGUUGCUAGACGAUCAGAUAGCACAAUUACCACUUAGCCUUGUGUAGAUGAGUAUUUCUGAGAGGCCACCAUGGCAGCUGUUUCAUACAUGAGCAAGCCUAUUUUGCAUCUACCUUGCUGAGCCUGCUCACAAUGGGCUUCAAAAUCUCACACAUCUACAGAGGUUCCCUGCUGCCCCUGGUUUACAUGACAUUUAGAAACCUGAGAUUUUAUUGAGCCCUUUCCUCCAUAACAAACAACAAUCCCCACCUUGGGCAAGUUGUGUGUGAAUGCCUUGGUUGCUGUUCAAGAGCAGCAGAUAGAACUGACCCACAGGGAUGUUUUCUGCUAAUUAGUUUGGUAAGCCCACUUGAAAUGAAAAGAGAUCUGCAACAAAAAUAUGUUGACUUGCACAGGAAAUGUUUUCAAUGGGUGGCAUUUCUGUUACUAAAUCUGAGUAAUGAAAUGCUAUUAGAUUUUUCACCUGGUAAAUUAAAAUGUCUUCUGUCUAGCCCCUUUCAGUUACAAGGAAAAGACCCACUGUUUCCAGAUGCAGUUCUCAGCUUCUUCCAGCGUGGCUGAGAAAGUUUACUGUCUUGAAAGCCUACAGCAGUGUUUCUCAACCUUGGCCACUAGAAGAUGUGUGGACUUCAAUUCUGGGAGUUGGUCCACACAUCUUCAAGUGGCCAAGGUUGAGAAACACUGGCCUACAGGGUAUUACUAGAGAAAACUAAAAACUGAACUAUAGACCAAUGAGCUGAUUCAAUAUGUUUUUGACCAGGGAGGAGCACAGAGACACAGGUUCUAGUCCUGCCUUAGGCACAGAAACUAGAGCAGGUUUAUCUUCAAUGAAACAAGAACAUAUACUUAACAUACACUGCAAGAGGCUGAAAUUGGGCAAAUUAUGAGGUGCUUUAUAUCUAAUUAAGAAACAAGCAUAAAUUGACACCAUUGGACAGCAGGACACAGUGGCCUUUUCUCUUCUCUUUUGCAUGAAACAGCCUUUCUUAACCUGGAAUUCUCUCAGAUUUGUUGGCCUAAAGCUUCUCUCAUCCCAAGCCAAUGGCCGUAAUAUGUGGGAAUGACAGAAUUAUAAUCUAUUUUAUGGGCAGCAGGCUUGAGAAGACUGGCACAAAUGCUAUAAUCUCCUAGACAUAUGUUCUUUGACCAUGAAUAGGCUCGUUUAAUGUAUGGUGCUUCUGUUUAAUUCAGUGAAAAUUGCACACACAUUCUUGGUGGACUAUGCCUGCUUCAUUUUCACUAGUCCAAAUGGGUCUGUCCAAGCAACUGUUAAAAAUGUGGCCUAUCGUUUCAGAAUGUGGGAGGUAGAGAUAUCCAUAAAACUGAGACAUACCAUACAAACAUUGCACUAUUUUAAAGAAUUAUUUUGCCAAAUGCUUAAAUGGUAUACAAAGUAAAAUUUUCUGCUAAAUAUAUUGUUUGUGUUUGAAAAAAACUUAUGAAGCUGUGUUCAUUUUUGUUUUAAACUGUAAAAGAAAGAACAACCUCAAGCUAUAUAGCUUAAAAUGCCUUUAAGUUUUUAUUUGACACAAAAGCCAUUUAUGUGAAAAGAACUUAUUUUGAUGAAAUAUCCAUGUUUUGAAAAAUGUUGUAACCUUGUGCUACAAUAAAGUGUUGUCUGCAGUUGGCAGGGUA